AUGACGGAUGAGAGCAAGACUGAGACCGAAGUAGUCUCUAGCAAGACGCCUGACCUCGAACACGCAUCAAGCAGUCAACUCUCGGAAGAUGCCAAGGUUAUAUAUUGGGAGGGAGGUGAGCAGGACCUUGAAAGACCACUCAACUGGAGCGGGAGAAAGAAAUGGGCCAACUUAUCAAUGGUGUCGCUGUUCACCUUCCUCACCCCAUUAGCAUCCUCAAUGGUGGCCCCCGGAGUGGCGUCUAUUAUGAAUGAAUUUCAGUAUUCAAAUCAGACAGUGUCUGCAUUUGUCGUGUCAAUAUAUAUCUUGGGCUACUCGGUUGGCCCUCUUUUUCUGGCGCCUUUGUCAGAGAUGCAUGGCAGACUGCCAGUGUACCAUUCUUCUAACGUCAUGUAUUGUGUUUGGACGAUGGCGUGUGCCUUGUCGCCAAACGUGGCAAGUUUGUUGGUGUUUCGAUUCCUGGCUGGGGUUGCAGGGAGUUGUUCUUUGACUCUCAGCGCAGGGUCAAUCACUGACCUGAUCGUGACGGAAAAGCGUGGGGGUGCGAUCGCAGUCUUUGCGUUGGGACCGAUGCUAGGCCCUUGUGUGGGACCCGUGAUGGGUGGUUAUCUUUCUGAGUCUCCUGGAUGGCGGUGGGUUUUCUGGGUGCUCACGAUUGCGUCUGGUAUCUGCACGGUUUUGGCGAUGGUUGUCCAGAACGAAACUUACGAACCGAUUCUAUUGCAGCGACAUGUGGACAAGCUGCGUAAGCAGAGGCCCAACGAGCAGUUGCAAUCUCGACUGAAAUCUGUUCUCCCGGAAAAGGACUAUAUGUGGUUAUCGCUAGUACGACCUCUGCGCAUGCUGAUUUUUUCACCGAUUGUGUGCGUCUUUUCGGUGUAUAUGGGUAUUGUAUACGGAUACCUCUACCUCCUGUUCACAAGCCUACCAGGAGUGUUCCAGGAUUACUUUGGAUUCGGCACUGGAGAAGUAGGUCUCACCUAUCUCGGUAUUGGUAUCGGACUUCUCCUGGGCGUUGUGGUAUUUGGCGCCGUGUCGGAUCGAACGGUCAAACGACACGCAAAGAGGUUCAAUGGAGUUAUGAAGCCGGAAUCUCGUCUGUCGUUAUUGGUCCCUGCAUCUAUUCUGACACCGGCGGGAUUGCUCUGGUACGGGUGGUCCGCGGAAAGGCACCUGCAUUGGAUCAUGCCUAUUAUGGGGACAGCGCUGGUUGGGGCCGGCUUGGUUGCUUCGUUCAUGCCAAUUCAGACCUACCUCGUGGACUCAUUUCCCCAAUAUUCGGCAUCUGUGCUCGCAGCUGCCACGUUGUUGCGUUCACUAGCCGGUGCAUUUCUCCCUUUGGCUGGACCAGGCAUGUAUGAAGCAUUAGGAUAUGGCUGGGGAAGUACCUUGCUUGCUUUGGUUGCCCUUGCGAUGACACCAAUAAGCUGGGCGAUGUACAAACAUGGCGAAAAGGUGCGGACGCAUCCCAGGUUCCAGGUUCAAUUUUAG